GUUGAAUUUGGAUGGGCGCCAAAUAGAGAACCGAUAAAUAAACAAAAAUUCUUUUACAUCGUAAAAUUGAAGAGAAAAAUGCAUAAAAACUAAUGUGGUUUGAAAAACAAAAGUGAACAUUUCAAUUAAAACCGCUUUAAGAAAAACAAAAAAUAAAAAGAAUGGCACUCAGCACUGCCGAGCCUCUCACAACUUCGACCGAAUUGCUAUUGAGCCACACGGAUUGCCAAAGAAUUUUAGCGAAAGCCUGCGGCAGUGAAACGAAUUUGCAGUUAAAAGAAUUCACUUUGAAGCCAGCUGCGUAUACGAGCGGUUUUCUUGGCGAAUAUUAUCACCUGGUAGUGCAUUAUAGCGUUGCUGUACCAGAUGAAAACAAAAAUUUAGCUGAUAGGCGCCAAUUGCACGAGUUGCACGCAUUUGUCAAAGGCAUUCCCCAGGCGAAUGAGGAGCCAGAGAAGGAGGCCAUAUUUCGUAAGGAGGCUGCAUUAUAUGGCACACUUUUGGAACGUUUGCGGCCUUAUGCUACUGUCGCCUGGUCACCUCGCUGCUUCUUUGCACGUAACGACCUCAUUGUGCUUGAGCAAUUGGAUCCACUCAACUAUAAACUCUGCCCAGAAAGCAACGAAUAUCUAAACGACCAUUACCUGUGUCGGGUGCUACGCGCAUUGGCAGCACAACAUGCCGCCUCUCUAGCACUCGAAGUCAAAGAAGGCAUCUGCAUAGGCGACAUCUAUCCGCAAUUACAACAGGAGAUCACAGUAUCACCACAAGUACCUUGGUAUACCGUCGGAUUGCGUGCCAUACUCGCUGUAGUGAAAUCCCAAUUGAAAUCUCAAACACCCGCUUUACGGGCAGCAGUUGAGUCGCGCCUACCGGAUGUUGUUAAAAGCGUCUUCGAAAUGACUAACCGUUGGGCUAAGUAUCGAAAUGUGCUCUGCCAUCGCGACAUUUGGCGUGGUAAUAUCUUGUACAGCGAAACUACUUCGGGUACUUCAUGCGCCAACAAUAGUUCUGUCAUCCUCGUGGAUUAUCAAACUGCGCGCUAUUGUCCACCAGCCAUCGACGUGGUCUUCACAUUGUUCAUGAAUCUAGAUAAGGCCACGAGAAAAGCCAAAGAACUGGAAUAUUUGUGUUACUAUUACGACUUCUUACAGCGCGACUGUGGCGCCAAUGGGUUUGCAGCAGCUGAUCAGGUCGCUUACUCGGAGUUGCUUGCUUCUUAUCAGGAGUUUCAGCUGUUUGGUUUGCUUUAUAGAGCCAUUGCUACUACUAUUUUGAAGGUUCCUAGGGAAUGUGUGACCAACGAGUACGUGCAUGUGGACCGCACUGCCAUGGUAUUUAAGCUGAUGUCUGAGCUACCCGAACUGCGAAUAUGUUUGGAAGAAAGCAUUCAAGAAAUGAUAGAUUUAAUUAUAGAACAAAAAGUGUAAGACACUAUAAA